AUGAACCAGAACAGGUUCAACUACAGACCAUUCCAACUCUCUCAGCAGCAGAUGGAGACCCUCACACAGAGCCUCUCUGACCUGGCUACUAUAGUCUCUAACAUCUCUAAGAUCACUCAAAUUUUCAUGGUAGAAACUAGGUCUUUCAUCAGGAAUUUGGAGAUUCGGGUAGGUCAGCUGAGUAAGAAGAUCCCAGAGAUCCCCUCCAACACUCUCCCAAGUAAAACUGAGGUGAAUCCAAAAGAAGAGUGCAAGACCCUCACUAUAGAGACUGAGGUCGAACCUAAGGAGGAGCCUGCUACUGAGAAACUGAAGGAGAUCAAGGCUCAAGAGGAGACUGGAAGUGUCACCGAGCCUGAGGAUGAGGAAGUUGCUCAGUUCUUAGCAGUUCUCAGGAAGCUGCAAGUCAACAUCUCUUUUGCAGAGGCGUUGGAAAAGAAUCCCCCUUCUAUGGCAUGUCUAAGAAGUUUAAUUUCUGACAAGAAGACCUUGAAGGGAGAUGAGACUGUGGCAUUGUGCGACCUUGGCUCAAGCAUUAAUCUUAUGCCUCUCUCUGUGAUGAAAAAGCUGGGAAUUCAAAAGGCGCAGCCUGCCAAGAUCUCACUGGAAAUGGCGGACAAGUCCCUGAAAAGGGCAUAUGGCAUGGUGGAAAACGUCCUUGUGAAGGUUGAAAGCCUUUACCUCCCGGAAGACUUCGUGAUACUAGACACAGGGGAGGACAGAGACGACUCCAUCAUCCUUGGAAGGACUUUCCUAGCUACUGUGAAGGCCUUGAUUGAUGUGGAGAAAGGAGACUUUAUCCUAAGGUUGCUUGAGGAUCACGUCCAUCAGAUAGAGGAGGUACCAUUGUGCAAUACUUAG